UUAAUUAAUUUUAUUUGUUCUAUUCUUAUUUGCAGGUUAUAAGAUUUUAUUAUGUGUUUAAAUUAUAAUAGUUUUAUUAUAUAUUUACAAUUUAUUGUCAGUUUACGGCAGCAAUUGUAGUAUAUGUGGAAAAUCAAGUGACCGGCUUUUCACUAUUAUGCGAUUCAUAAAUCGAAAUAUGUUCAUUAAACAUGUAUCAAAUGUAUAUCGGUUUCAAACCAUUAAAAAAUUCAAUUACAACAUUCCUUUUCGGGAAUACAUGAUUCUUGUUGCAAAUAAACAGACAUCGAAAUAUUUACCCGUUGUAUCAUACAUGAUAUCUGGAUAUUCUAAGGAUAACAAAAAGAAUUUCAUAAAUCUCGAGAAGAAAACCGAAACACUGAAAGAUGUCUUUGAACAUAGAAAGGAACAGCUGAAAGAUACAGAACAUAAAAUUCGACUGAAAAGUGAGGAAAUCGUUAGAGAUAUAAAACAGCAUAAAGAAAUUACUGAACAAAAAAUUAGAGAGAAAAAAGAACAUUUAAUCAAAGAUAUCUUAGAAACUAAAGCAAAAGUAAAAGAAAGAUUAGAGGAAGUGGUUGAGAGAGAAAAUGUGUUUACUGUUCCUAACAUACUGUGUGUAACUAGAAUUAUGAUGUCUCCUUAUCUUGGAUAUAUGAUUCUGGAAGAUAAUUAUAAUUUAGCCUUAGGAUUGAUGGUGUUUGCUGGAGUCACUGACCUGCUGGAUGGUUGGAUAGCGAGGACUUGGAAAAAUCAGUCUUCAAAGAUGGGCUCCUUCUUGGAUCCAAUGGCAGACAAAGUACUCAUAGCAACUCUCUUCAUUUCACUCACAUGGCAAAAUUUGAUACCUCUAAGCCUGACUUUGCUAAUUGUGGGUCGUGAUGCAGCCUUAGUAACUGCAGGAUUUGUCAUCCGAUAUAUGAGCCUCCCACCCCCUAGAACGCUUAGCAGAUACUUUGAUGUGACACAUGCUACAGCACAACUUGCACCAACGUUUAUCAGCAAAGUGAACACUGCUGUACAACUAUUGUUGGUUGGAACUACUCUUGCGUCCCCUGUUUUUGGAUAUGUGAAUCAUCCUGCAUUACAAGCUCUCUGCGGUGUCACCGCCGUGUCUACAGUUGUAUCUGCUAUUAGUUAUUUAGUUAGUAAGGACACUUAUAAGUUUUUGAAGAAAACUUAACAAGAAAUCGCACAGAACAUGUCCCAAGUCUUCCACAUAUAACAUAAUAAUUUAUUUUAAAAACUGUGUACAUUAUGUAAAUAAAAAUUUAAAA